AUGGAAACUGCGCUGCAAUCGAGAGGUCGAGAGUUCCCAUGUUCCAAUUGCGCCUCUCGCGGUGUGACUUGCGAAUUAGAAAACGCUGUUCGGCCUCCUUCUGGCCUUGCUCGUUCUCUCGAGUUCAACCUACUUGAAAGAGUCCGCAAGCUAGAACGGUUGGCUGAAAGCCAGAAAAAGCGAAAAUACGUGCAAGACGUCGAUCAUAUCCACCACAUCGUGUACACCCCUUCUCUCUCUGCUCUGCUCUCCAGGGCGUAUGCCUGUCUCAGUGUUCCGAAUUCAGUCACCAAACAUGGUAGGGCCUUUAUUUUACUCUUCCUCGGAAUUUUUGCAGGCGCUACCAACUCGUGGAAACAAUUCGACUUCGACCGCCGCCUAUUCUCUACGUGCGCGGAAGCUAACGCCCAAGCGCCUUCAUGGGUGAAGGCUCUCGAGCACGUUCUGGACAUUACCCACCAAACCAUGGGCGUGUCUAUGGAAGGUAUUCAAGGUGUUACUAUUGCUGCGUUUGUGGUCCUAAGCAUUAGUGGAUUUUCAAGGAGAUGUAAGGCGUUGUUUAACAUGGCUCUCUUGCUCGCGAGAGAUGCGGGGCUUCAUGUCCUAGGUCAUCCAUCGAAUGCAGGCGCAGUAAAUCUCGCGCGAACAGAGAUGGGGCGAAGAUUAUGGUGGCACCUCGUUGUUUCUGAUUGGCAAGCUCCAGCCAGGUUCGAUGCUGCUGUACGCGGCGUAUAUCACUGUCACCCAAGGCAGAUGGUAGUAAAAAGGCCGUUGAAUCUCAACGACGAAGGCCUUGUGGAUGGAAUGUCUCAAGAUCAGAAGCCAUUGUCAUGGCCAACCGUGAUGUCUUACCCACUGCAACGGAUUCGCAUCGCCGAAAUCAUGCUGGAUAUUGACACAGAGCUGCAACUAUUCAUUAAUGAUAUUCCUUCAUUUUUUUCAAUGGAAACUAUCAAACUCGAAGCCACUUAUCAGCUGAGUCCGUUACGUGCUAUAUGCAUUUCGCGGAUUUGUCGAGCUGAGUAUGCUGCAUCUCGUGACAUCUGCCUACACUCUGCACGACAGAUCAUCAAGACCGAAACUUUGCUCAGCAACUCGGGACUCUUCACCGCAACUCGCUACAAACUCCUUGGAAUCCUGACAUCGGUUUUCAUGGCAAGUGUUAUAGUUCUUCUCAUGGGUAUCAAUCAUACCAACUCCUCGACGCAGCGUGAUACUUUGAGUGGGGAGAUUCUGGAUGCGAUUCGAAUUCUAGAACAUUCGAGACACGAGUCGGAGACUGCAGCGAAGUUUCUGGAGUCGCUGAUGUGCGUUGUGAACAAGUAUAAAGUGUGUAAGCCUGCUGCUCAGGUCAAUUCGAGGGACAUGUAUGAUGACGGUGCACAGGUGUGUGACACAACCAAUACUCAGGCGGCGGUGGGAUCGCUGCCUCCCUUGGGAAGCAACGACUUAGAAGACAUGGAUAUCGUACAUGAGAGACCAAAGAAUGGGGAAGAUCUUUCUACGUACUUCAAUGGACUGGCGCAGAGUUUUGAACAAGGUGUUGAUGUGGGAACCCUUGACUGGGACAGUAUGCUUUCAGACCUCGAGCUUUCAAUAGAAUAGAAAUCUGCGGAUGUUCAAU